GUUCGUUUGUCUCCGAUGUAAUUUCCUAACAAAAAUAUUGCGCGCGAUGAAGAAAUGUCACAUCCGUCCGAAAAGAUAAAACGUAGUGAUAGUAGAACGAAAUCUGUGCAAAUGUUGAUGAAAGGUUGGUCCGUAACUAAUGAUACAAGUUGGUGCAAGGCGGUUCUACGAGAGAAAAUAACAUUUUUUUCGUGUGACAUUUCCGAGAAAAUCGAGUUCAAAAUUUUGAUUAGCUAAUUCCGAAUUGAACAAGAAAAAUAAUCAACAGGAUGUUAAACUACCUGUGAAAGUAACUCGAAGAUAUACAAUAAUAUAUUUUCAUAUGUAAAAACGUACAGUCGGUGUAAGAUGUAUUCGUACAGUAAUUAAUUUCAACAAAACUAUUGUAGAACAUCGUCUAUCAGCGAAAUUUUAGCAAAUAAAAAAUACGUAUAUAUUCUUACCAAGCCGCAAAAUAAUUUUCAUAAAAAGAAAAUGGGUUACCUAUAUCCUUUGCGGGGAUAUUAACAAGUAUCUAACAAAUGGCAAAAAUAUAUGCGUGAUUAAUAUUCAUACAGUUACAGUAUAGUGGGAAAGGAAUAAGACUCGCCUAAUAUCUAAGAGAGGAAAUCACUAGGUUUGACCAUUUUAAUGGGGUUUAAUGGGGGGACCAUACUCAAUGGGGUUUCCUUUUGAUUUUAUUAUGGCUCGAAACCGUCGUAGCAGUGAAUUUAUCAAAUAGAUAAGUACUCUUCUUGAAAUAUUUUUCUAUUCUUCUAAAAGAGCAUUCUUUAAAUCAUUGCUUGCUGAAAUAUGGUAACUCUGUAUCUUUUCGUUUCAGGUGGUCCCAAAUAUUUUCAAUAACGUUUACAUCUGGUGAUUGUGGAGGUGUUUUUAAGUGUUUCUAAACAUUAUACAAGAGCCACGCUCGCAUAUUAGUAGCAUUAUGCUUUGUAUCGUUAUCUUGCGUCACGAUGACAUUGUCUGUCAAACCCAUUCUUUUUAUGCACUUUGAUGUAGAUCAUUUUUUAAAACAUCUAUUUUUUAAAAACAUUUCAUCGCAUAGAACGGUAACUGUACGAAUACUUAUUAUAUUUUUAUUAUAUUCUUUUCAUUUUAAAAAUUCGUUAAAGUGUAUCAGAACAAUUCUUAACUAAACAAACAUGUUGAAACAUUAUUUCCUUGAAAGUGGAGGCUUAGACGGAAAAAUGUUAUUUCACAAUUUUGACUUAUUUUCGAAUGUACGACAAUUUUCUCAGAAACGAAGCGUCGUAUGAAAAUCUUUUUAUUCCAUAUUUUCGACUUAUUCUUUCACAUAGAAUCACCCCGUGCCCAAUUGUUCCACGUGUUAUGGAUCAUCCUGUAUAUAAAUAUAUAAUUAAUUAAAUAGAAAGUAAAUUGAAAUAUGCAAUUGAGAUACGAUUAUAUCGCAAAUAAUAUAAUUACAUGUCGCUCGAUGUUAUUCGCAAAUACGAUCAUUAGCAAAAUAUUUCUAACGUUUGAAUAUUGUCUGACUAGAUUUCUCCCAGUACAUCGUCGUGUUUCUGCCACGAGCAACUCUACAAUUUUCACUCAUCGUAUCUCACAUGAAUCAAAGAUGUGUCCAUUACAUAGAAUAGCUUGUGAAGAUAAAAUGUGUGUUUACAAAACAGAUCUGAUAAUCUGAAGGGCACCUGCUGUUCACGUUCGCAUCUACGAAGUUCGAAUUGCCACUGCUUUGACUCGUUGUCGACAGGAAGCUCGUAUCGCGAAAGCCGGGUCAUCGUGUUAUCGCAAGAAAAUGUACUCCCGCAAAUACGAAUUGAUAGAUUUAAUGUAACGUAUCUUCGUUGUAUCGUAAAGUAUCGGAAAAUCGGCGAAGAGAAAUUCCAUCAAACAAAGCUCGUCUACGAUGUUUUGUCUAAAAGGAAGAAACAGUGGCGAUACGAAGCUUAGAGAGAUGUUGAGACAGGAUGAUUUUGGAUGGUGGUUGAGCAACGAGGACGAUCUAAAAUCGCCUAGAUCAACUCGUAGUAAAGAUCGUCGGUCGGUGGGAUCGUCCGAAUCGAUGUUUUCCUGCAUAGAUUCUGACGACAGCGAAAGUUAUGUCCUUGCGCAGGAAUUCAAACAAGAAUGCAACGGUAAUUACGAGAAAAUAGAACUUACGUCGUUAAUUAACGAAGAUUGGGACGUGGAUCUUAUCGAGCUAGAUGCGAUUAAGAAAGGAACGGACGUCGCGCCAUUUCUAGCGGAAGACGAGACACGGUGUUCGGACGAUUCGAACCCGAAGUCGCAGAACUCACACGGCACGUGCUACACACCGGAAAGGCUGGUCAGAUCUCAGAAGUACCGAAUACUAGCGCCGUCGCCCCGCUACUUGUCGAUCUCUCAAGUGAGAGACAUGACAGAUAAUCCAUGGAAGACGUCUCACUGCCGCCACCAGUUGGACUGUCUUAUCGACUCCAACCAAGAUGGUGGAAUGCAAAUGAAAACUUUCAUGAAUCCCAAUCCGAAGGAAAUAGUGGUACCGAUAAUCGACUUGCAUCGUUGGAAAAAAUAUGAACGAGUCUAUAACGGGGACAACGGGACGAUAAACGAUAAAAACGAAACGAAAACGGAAGACAUGUCCGAUUAUUCAAGCAGCCUGAACGUGUCCGAUUAUUCGUUCAGCAAGAGAUCCAGUUGCGAGAGAUUGAAUGACACAUGGGAGAACAGUGGCAAGAUGGAGACACGCAACUCUUCCAGCGGUUGCUCUGAAACGACUCCGUUCGAAGACACUUCCGGUAUCCAGAGCAACGAUUCGAGCUCCAAUACCCACACCUCGAAUUUGCAAAGCACUCCUCCUCUCUGUCUCAGUGACGAGUUGGCAACGACGAAUUACAAGCUCGAUACCACACAGGGACAACGUUCUACUACCAAUGAGGUGGUAUCGAUUCUUGAAGUACUCGACACAAAUCCCGAAAAAGCUAUGGUUCUUCUUGAGGAAGAUAGUUUUCACGACAGCACGUCCUCACACGAUCAAUUGACCAGGCUGGCCUUGACCAUUGAAACGGAUGAGAAUAUGUCGGGAGUUCUCGAGAAAGAACAUUUAAUUCAUCUUCAAAACAAAAUAAAAAAACUUCAAGCUAGCAACAAAGACAUUUGUCGAGACAUAUCUAAUCUUCGAAAGAACUUUCAAUGUGACGAACAGAAAAUGGCAGACAUCUCGUCCAAUACCAGCAAACUACGACAGGACGUACAUGAUCUGCGAUAUCUCGACGACCUUCUGAAUCUCUUACGGGGAGAAUUGGAAAGGAUCUCGAAAAGAAAUUGGCCAUUUGUUAUAGGACGUAUAGGACAUCAUACGGAGGAAAUGAAUCUCAUCGUGUGAACGAUACAAAUUACUUCCAUUAUACUGAUAGAAUUUAACGGAAGAUUUUACAAGAACUUUCGUAAAAUUGCGAGAUAACAGCUCGAUACUUAGAGACACGGUUGAAUAUUUUUAUAAGACACAAGCACGCUAAGAGCGUUUCACUGCCAUUGUUACUGUUAUUCACAACGACGUGAACUUACAAGAUAGAUUUAUACAAUAAAUUUCUUAGUCUCUCUCUCUCUCUCUCUCUCUCUUUCUCUCUCUCUCUCUCUCUCUCUCUCUCUCUCUUUCUCUCUCUCUCUCUUGUCUAUCUACAAGAGAAAUUAUUCUAUAACGUUGCCAUCGAAAUAAAAUGAUCGUAAUACGAGUGCACGAGAUUUGAAUCGCGUGCGCAAAUAGAAAUUAAAGAAUAGAAUUUCAACAAAUUCUAUUUCUAUUCUCUGGAAUAGGCAUAUGAGUAAUACUCGUAUAUUACUUAGGUAGAUUUUUUUCCUUCUGAAAAAUUUAUUUAUAUAGAAAAUGUACAAUGUAUUUUUAUAUGUAUACAAUCGAUAAUUCUCUUUUCUUUUAUAAUUUCGUGAUUUAAUAACUUGUUCAAAAUCCUCAUAUUUGUUGCUAUUGAACUGUUGCCAGUAUUAGUAUUAGUAUUUAAUCACACGAUAUACCGCAGGCAGGUGUUUACUCAAAAUUAAUACUUAGAACAGACGUAUGGAUUCUAAGUUUCAGGAUUUGGUACAUGUAUCGUUGCUCUAACAUUAAUUACAAUUAAUAUGGCAUCUUAUUUUAUCUUUCUCUUGCAUUUUACAAACUUUUCCAUCUAUAGCCAAACAUUUAUAAAUAUGUAAUUAACGUUAGACUGUUAACCGAAGAAAACAAAAUUAAUUCACUUUUUGAUACCUUAAACUUAAUAAUUUAUUUAUCCAGAAAUCCUGUAUUUUUAAUGUAUCAUUAUACUUCUAUUAUGCAUACUUA